CGUCUCAUUGCAUUUGUUUUCUUCUAACACUCACUUUGUAGCGCAUCGUUCGUUUUGUUUCAUUUGUUCAACGUCUCUAAUCCAGUCACCAUGUCUAUUAUCUCAAGCGCACUUAGCAAUGGCUACAUCGUCUCGACAAUCCUAGAACAUCUUUCAAACAUGAAGUACAAGGUCCGAAGACAGCAGGCUCCGGAGCUACCGGUUGAACUUCUCGAAUUCCGACCAACGCUUAUUCCCUCAAUUCUUGUUAAUCAACUCUGGGCUGACGAAGGCAUAUCAAUACUUUGGAAACGCUAUCCCUAUCUUCCGGCAUUGCAUCUUAUAGAACCUACACGGAGGCAGUACUAUGCUUCCAAAAUUCAACACCUUUUCUACAGAAGCCUGAUAUCAGAAAAGCAAGAGACUACUCUCGACUUCUUGAACACACUCAAUUGGUCAAACUUGAAGACUUUGGAAUUGGAGAUUGACCUUUCCGCCGACAGAGCUCAAUUUAGUGCGCUUUUACAUCCAAGUCUCGAACAUCUCGAGCUCUCGGGCACUCAGAGUGGGACUUCAUCAGAGCUUGCGUCCUCUGUGCUUCCCUCCUUGUUUUCGUCACUUCAGCAAAUAACAGGCGUUCGAUUCGGGGCUGGCUUUAUCUCUGAAGAACAUCCCGUCCACGCCAGUGUCUUGAACGAUAUUCUAGAUUCCCUCCCAUCUAUCAGCACAGUCGAAGUGAAGUCUUCACGAUUUGUAGCUCUCGACGAGCUGUUCUCUCUUCUGACUCGACGUCCGGGACUCGAGGGACUUGAAAUCGACCUCGAGCCAGGUCUUACCUUAUUGCCUCUGUUUUCCGGUCCAAAUGCUGUUCCGUCGCCAUUUCAAGACUUAAGAAGACUGAACAUUAUGUGCUACCCGGAAAUCGCACUCGCUAUCCUCCCUCAUCUGGCCCUGUUGGAGGACCUUCAGCUUGACAUCUGUCGAGACCCGACACUUGAAGCUCACCAGGCCGACAGUACGGUUGUAGAAGAGAUCCUCGCAAAAGUCUCGAGGCUCUCGCGACUGAAGAUAGGGGUCGGCACACUUUCUAUGGAUUUCCCUUCAGAUUCAUCCUUUCCCUUGCUGUGCGGAACAACGCUACGCGAACUUGCGAAACGAUGUCCGGAUCUUGUCAAAUUGAACCUCUUUGCGCUUGAUCCAUCGUAUAUCGAUGGGUCCAAUAUCUCAAGUGAGGAGUUCGACUCGUUUUGCCAACUUGCUCCACAGUUACACCAUUUCACCCUAAAGCUGCAUCCUGGUACUGCAUCUACCUUGGAAGACACUGCUCUGCAAAGCCUGAGUAAACAUUGCCCGGAACUCGAGGUAAUCCGACUCAGCAUCCCACUCAAAUUACCCAGUCUUCCAGCCUCCGGACAACUUCCACAGAUCCUAAUCAGCGAGCCGGGAACACCAGCCACCGACAACAAUAACCAGGGCGAUACAACUCCCCAAACCCCAACAGGAAGCACCUCUAGCGCAUAUUUCAGCUUCAACGAAAUCGUCGACUACCCCGAGGGCAGCAACCCCCAACCCCUCUUCCCAACCUUAACCCACCUCGCCCUCGCCCGCCCCGAAAGCGUCCUCUCCUCCGCCGAAGACGAAUACACCCCACCACGCGACUCCCACCCCAGCAUCCUCGCCGCCGAGCUUCAAGAGAACCUCGUUCGCUCAUGGGCGCAACCCCUCCUGACACAUUUCCCUCGGCUCGAGAUCCUCGAAGUGUGGGGAGACUGGACGGGCACGGAGAUCGAAUCGCUGAACUACUUUCUCCCUACGCAGGAGCUUUUGGCGACGACUUGGGAGUUUCUGAGCGGUGUUGAGCAGGAUUUGUGGGCGAACGGGGAAGAGGAGGAGGAGUAUGAAGGGGACGAGUGGCGGGCGUACAAUAGUGGGGAUGAUUGGGAUGCUGCAGCUUCGUUGAAUGAGAUGGUGCUGGAUGAUGCUACGAUUACGAAUGUUGAUUAUGAUGCUGAGCCUGAGGGCUGUGUUACGCCUGUUCGAACAGUUGAAGGAGAUGGCUAUUUCGAUGAGAGAGUUGUCCAGUCUGGCAGCGCUGCAUGAUCGUCUUUACUUGUGGCAUCUCCGGACAACAGAAAGUCAAAAGUACAUAUCGGUACAGUACAGGACGUUUCCCAAACAAAAGAACUAUCCUUUAAAUGUCCUAGGGAGCAUUGCAACGAUGACACCACGCUCGCUCGUUCGAUUUAUUUACGAAA